AUGACCCGUAGGAAGGUGGCCUCAUAUGAUAUAAACCAAGAAUGUUCGGAAUCUGACAGCUCUACAAGUGACAUGUCCAUAUCGACAGAACGAUCAGUCUCUCCAUAUACAUCGAGCAGCGACUCCCCUCCACCGCCAAGUGUUGAAGUUUCACCAUUCAUCAGAUCACCUCCAAAUGCCGACAUUCCAUCUGCACCCUCUGGUGGUGAUUCUUUAUGUAGGCGAGUGACGGAUUCUACCAAAACAGACCUCCUAGAUUCAUCUAAGGUAGCAUGUACUGAUGAAGUUGACGAAAAUAAAAAGAUGAACAAACUAUCAAAGAAAACCGCUAGAACUAACUUUACAAACGAACAAGUAAAGGCAUUGAUGAAAAUAUUCUACGAAACACCUUACCCUGAAUCAGAAAUGAUGGAAAACAUCGGAAAAGAUUUAAAUAUUACCGAAAAAACAGGUUAA